CUGGCUCCUGCUUUGGGCGGGCGUCAUGCCACCCAAAACCCCCCGAAGAGCGGCCACAGCCGCCGCCGCCGCCGAACCCCCGGCGCCGCCGCCGCCGCCCCCUCCUGAGGAGGACCCGGAGCAAGACAGUGGCCCCGAGGAGCUGCCUCUGGCCAGGCUUGAGUUUGAAGAAACCGAAGAACCUGAUUUUACUACAUUAUGUCAGAAAUUAAAGAUACCAGAUCAUGUCAGAGAAAGAGCUUGGUUAACUUGGGAGAAAGUUUCAUCUGUGGAUGGAGUAUUGGAAGGUUAUAUUCAAAAGAAAAAGGAACUGUGGGGUAUCUGUAUCUUUACUGCAGCAGUUGACCUGGAUGAGGUGACAUUCACUUUUACUGAGCUACAGAAAAACAUAGAAACCAGUGUCUAUAAAUUCUUUGACUUACUAAAGGAAAUUGAUACCAGUACCAAAGUUGAUAAUGCUAUGUCAAGACUGUUGAAGAAGUACAAUGUAUUGUGUGCACUCUAUAGCAAAUUAGAAAGGACAUGUGAACUUAUAUAUUUGACACAACCCAGCAGUUCAAUAUCUGCUGAAAUAAAUUCUGCCUUGGUGCUAAAAGUUUCUUGGAUCACAUUUUUACUAGCUAAAGGGGAUGUAUUACAAAUGGAAGAUGAUCUGGUGAUUUCAUUUCAGUUAAUGCUGUGUGUUCUUGACUAUUUUAUCAAACUUUCACCUCCUGCAUUGCUCAAAGAACCAUACAAAACAGCUGUAAUACCCAUUAAUGGUUCACCUCGAACACCCAGGCGAGGUCAGAACAGGAGUGCACGGAUAGCAAAACAACUAGAAAAUGAUACAAGAAUUAUUGAAGUUCUCUGUAAAGAACAUGAAUGUAAUAUGGAUGAGGUGAAAAAUGUUUAUUUCAAAAAUUUUAUACCUUUUAUGAAUUCUCUUGGAAUUGUGGCUUCUAAUGGACUUCCAGAGGUUGAAAGCCUCUCUAAACGAUAUGAAGAAGUUUAUCUUAAAAACAAAGAUCUAGAUGCAAGAUUAUUUUUGGAUCAUGACAAAACUCUUCAGACGGAUCCUAUGGACAGUUUUGAACCACAGAGAACACCACGAAAAAUUAACCCUGAUGAAGAGGUGAAUGCAAUUCCUCCACACACUCCAGUUAGGACUGUUAUGAAUACUAUCCAACAAUUAAUGAUGAUUUUAAAUUCAGCAAAUGAUCAACCAUCAGAAAAUCUGAUUUCCUAUUUUAAUAAUUGCACAGUGAAUCCAAAAGAAAGUAUCCUGAAAAGAGUGAAGGAUAUUGGAUACAUCUUUAAAGAGAAAUUUGCUAAAGCUGUGGGACAGGGAUGUGUUGAAAUUGGAUCACAGAGAUACAAACUCGGAGUCCGUUUGUAUUACCGAGUAAUGGAAUCCAUGCUUAAAUCAGAAGAAGAAAGAUUAUCUGUUCAAAAUUUUAGCAAACUUCUGAAUGACAACAUCUUUCAUAUGUCUUUAUUGGCCUGUGCUCUUGAGGUUGUAAUGGCUACAUAUAGCAGAAGUACAUCUCAGAAUCUUGAUUCUGGAACAGAUUUAUCCUUCCCAUGGAUUCUGAAUGUACUUAAUUUAAAAGCCUUUGAUUUUUACAAAGUGAUUGAAAGUUUUAUCAAAGCAGAAGCCAACUUGACAAGAGAAAUGAUAAAACAUUUAGAGCGAUGUGAACAUCGAAUCAUGGAAUCCCUUGCAUGGCUCUCAGAUUCACCUUUAUUUGACCUUAUUAAACAAUCAAAGGACAGAGAAGGACCAGCUGAUCAUCUUGAUUCUGCUUGUCCUCUCAAUCUUCCUCUACAGAAUAAUCACACUGCUGCAGAUAUGUAUCUUUCUCCUGUAAGAUCCCCAAAGAAAAAAGGUUCAGCUGCACGUGUAAAUUCUGCAAAUGUGGAGACACAACCAACUUCAGCCUUCCAGACUCAGAAGCCAUUAAAAUCUACCUCCCUUUCACUGUUUUACAAAAAAGUGUACAGGCUAGCAUAUCUCCGACUAAAUACCCUAUGUGCACGCCUUCUGUCUGACCACCCAGAACUAGAACACAUCAUCUGGACCCUUUUCCAGCACACACUACAAAAUGAAUACGAACUCAUGAGAGAUAGGCACCUGGACCAGAUUAUGAUGUGUUCCAUGUACGGCAUGUGCAAAGUGAAGAAUAUAGACCUUAAAUUCAAAAUCAUUGUAACAGCAUACAAGGAUCUUCCUCAUGCUGUUCAGGAGACAUUCAAACGUGUUUUGAUCAGAGAAGAGGAGUAUGAUUCCAUUAUAGUAUUCUAUAACUCGGUCUUCAUGCAGAGACUGAAAACAAAUAUUUUGCAGUAUGCUUCCACCAGGCCCCCUACCUUGUCACCAAUACCUCACAUUCCUCGAAGCCCUUACAAGUUUUCUAGUUCACCCUUACGGAUUCCUGGGGGGAACAUAUAUAUAUCACCCCUGAAGAGUCCAUAUAAAAUUUCAGAAGGUCUGCCAACACCAACAAAAAUGACUCCAAGAUCAAGAAUCUUAGUAUCAAUUGGUGAAUCAUUUGGGACUUCUGAGAAGUUCCAGAAAAUAAAUCAGAUGGUAUGUAACAGUGACCGUGUACUCAAAAGAAGUGCUGAAGGAAGCAACCCUCCUAAACCACUGAAAAAACUACGCUUUGAUAUUGAAGGAUCAGAUGAAGCAGAUGGAAGUAAACAUCUCCCGGGGGAGUCCAAAUUUCAACAGAAACUGGCAGAAAUGACAUCUACUCGAACACGAAUGCAAAAGCAGAAAAUGAAUGAUAGCAUGGAUACCUCAAACAAGGAAGAAAAGUGAGGAUCUCAGGACUUUGGUGGACACUGUGUCCACCUCUGGCUUCAUUGUCUCUUACAGAUGUGAGUGACUGUAUAACUCUGUAUAACAGAACCUGUUUAACAGCCCCAUUUAAUAUCUUCAACUCUUUUUGUGGAUAUAAAAUGUGCAGAUGCAAUUGUGGGGGCAAUUCCUAAGCCACUUGCAAUGUUGUAGACAUUGUUGUACAAGAUUAAAAAUCUUGUGUAAAUCCUGCCAUUUAAAAA